AUGCUUCCGCUGGUCGGCAUGGCCUCCGGGUCCUGCCAGGAACACCCCAAUCCCUCUCCUGCCUCGAAGACACCGCUGAGUCACCGUGCCCCGCUUGCUUGCGUGCUGCCGCCGCCACCGCCGCCGUCGGGCCAUGAGACGGCGGAUUAG